UUAUGGUGACAGAUUUAAUUAUUUGCCAAACUCUUAACAAGCGUAUCAAAAUAUGGCCAUUAUGAUUUUUCUGAUUGGAGUUGAUACGCUUAUUGAAUCAUUCUCCAACCAACUUUGGAAACGUGCAGAAGUCGGAGUUUUGAUGGAAAUGUAACACCAUCGAAAAUGUUAAUCAAACAUGAAUCAUUCGAUGUGUCGCAGAGGAGAAAGUCUGACAGGAGGCUCUAUGAGCCAGGCCAAGGCAAAUAUCCAUAUUUGAAAUUCAUUUUGAUACCCGCUGUCAUUGGAUUUAUGCUGCUAUGCAUUCUCAUGAAUGUGGAUUUCAGCCAGAACCCAGGGAAGUUGCAUGGACCCAAUCAGAUCACAGUGGAAAUUGAAAUGAAAAACAAAAAAUUAACGGCAUCAAUUGAAAAAUCUCCAAAGUUUUUGGGAUUUCACAACGAACAGGUGAAGAGAACCGAACAAAUUACGUCAAAUAACUUCAAUGAGUUAGCUGCGAAUUUUCCUGAAAUUAAGGUUAAUAGUCUUGUAAUCGGCAGCCGUCUACCCGAAGGCAAUAAAAAUCAAAGGCGUCAACGUAUUAUAAAAAUACAACGCAAAAACAUUGAUGCAUUGCCAACUAAAAAUCUCAAAACGAAAUGCCGUUCUUAA